GCCUUGUCCCCGAGAAGAUCAGUGUAGAGGCGGAGAAGGAGGCCCGACCUCUGCCUGGAAGGAGGAGGUGACCGGAGCUCUCAUCUCAGGAACAGGCUGCAGCCCGAGGCAGUGCCAGCGCCCGCUCUUCGGGAGGGUCUGGCAGGCUCUCAUUUGUCACCUGGGCACCUCCAUCGAUGUGGAUGUCACAGUCCGGGCCAUCGGACAUCCCUUCAUUCAGCAUGGAAGCAGCCAGUGAGCAGGACUCGGGGGCUGUGCCCGGGGAGAAGGCUGCUGGCAGCGCCUGGGAUUUGGGCACACAGGUACAGAUCAGGGUGGCCAUAGAAGCGGCCGAGGACGAUGACCCGGACAGUGCGGAGCUCAGGGCUGGGCUGGAAGGAAGCUGCAGUGAGGAUGACUACAGCCGCAAUGACAAGUACAGUGGAGCUGCCACAAGUGGCGGAGAGAAUGACGGAGAUGAGCUUGACCAAGACUGGAAGCCUCCAGACCCAGAGCUUAUCCAGAAACUUGUUGUACAGAUUGAGUACUACCUCUCUGACGAGAACCUGGAGAAAGACGCAUUUCUGCUGAAACAUGUCAGAAGAAACAAAAUGGGAUUUGUCAGUGUUAAAUUGCUUACCUCCUUCAAAAAGGUAAAACAUCUCACUCGAGACUGGAGGACAACUGCAUAUGCUCUAAGAUAUUCAGACAUACUUGAACUAAAUGAAGAUAACCGGAAAGUCAGGAGAAAAACUCCUGUUCCUGUUUUUCCAAGUGAAAACCUACCUAGCAAGAUGCUUUUGGUCUAUGACCUCCACUGUAUUCCAGAACUGCACUGCUUGAAUAAGGAGCAAGAGAAUGGGGGUAUGCAAGAGAAGAUAAUGGAGCAGCUCCUGAAGAGCUUUGGGGCUUUUGGAAGCAUUUCCUCUAUACGCAUCUUAAAACCUGGCAGAGAUCUUCCAUCAGAUGUGAAAAGAUUCAGCAGCCGAUAUGCUCAGGUUGGAACAAUGGAUUGUGCAAUUGUAGAAUUUGAAGAGGUUGAAGCUGCUAUUAAGGCGCAUGAAACCUUAAAUGCUGAAAGUGAAACGGAAGAAAGCAUAAAGGUGGUUCUAAUAGGUAUGAAGCCACCAAAGAAAAAAAUUCAGAAAGAACGAAGCAAGGAUGACGACGCAAAGAAUCUACGCAAAAAUAAGUCUCUUAAUAAAAGGGUUGAGGAGCUUCAGUAUGUUGGGGAUGAGUCCACAGCAUAUAGUUCAUCUGAGCCCGAUAGCAAUCCAAACUCCCCAAUGAUAGGCCGAAAGAUUCAGUCUACCAAUAAGCUAAGCCCCUCUGCUUAUCCAAAUAAUCACCUGAGUCCAAACGCCUCACCCAGAAAUAGCCCCUGGAGUAGCCCUUGUGGGCAACGUAAAGGAGUCAAGCAUUCUCCUCUGGCUGAAAGCAUGAGCCCUGAGACUUCCAGAAGAUCUACAGAGUAUUCUUCAGACAGCAGCAUCACUCCAUCCAGCAGUCCUUGGGUCCAGCGGAGAAGACAAGCUCAAACAGUCACACAGGAAAAAAGCCCAGCGUGUAGUCCCAUGUUAGGAAGAAAAAUACAGAAUGCAGAUGGACUUCCCCCUGGAGUCCUGAGGCUUCCAAGAGGUCCUGAUGGUACAAAAGGGUUCCAUAAUGGGACUGAAAGGAAUAAGCUUUUUGCAGAGUGAAUGCCAUGUAACCUUAUUAAACUGGCAGUGCCACCAUUGAGCACCAAGCAUCCUGUUAUUAAACUGCCCUGCAGACAAUGUUUGGGGAGCCUCCAGUAGCCAAAGGCUGGACUUUGCUUCUACCUGAAAAGAGAGAGGUUUGCAGAAAGACUGAUACGAAGUCUGUAUUUAUUAUUUUUUUAUCUGAUUUUCAUUUGUAAACCUACUUUGUACAGUGACGGCAGUUACACUGCUUUAUAUUUUUAUUUGUAUUUUUUAGUUUUUGUUAAGCACUUUUAAUUUCUAUUUUCUUCUCACUGGGUAACUGAAGCAAUUGCUGUGCAUAUGAUGCUUGUCUGUAAAAGGUCAUCAAAGCAACAGGUUGCAUUCUCUCCAAAGCCUAUUGGCAGCUAGGACUAGUUAAUCCAAUAGGAUGUUCUAAACCUUCUGCAAUGUUCAUCUUACACUUCCAAAGACAGAUGUGUAUAAAGAAUGUAUAUUUUCUGUGAUGUGAAUUAAAAUGAACUUCCAUAAGCAUUACAAAAAU